AUGGAAGAGUUGCCGUUGUCACCUUCUGUCGAAGGUCCACAUUUUCAGGCUAUAGUUUCGUCAAAGGGUAUAGUCAUAUACAACAUCCUGAGACUUUGGGUGUAUCUUGAAACACUUGUCGAGCCAUCAACGCCGGAAGAAGACCUCCAAAUUGGGGCGGGAACUGUGGACGACAUUCUGCUUCAAAACAUACCAGAACGAUAUUUAAAGACGCAAGAAUCGAGACUUUCAUCGUUGUCAUUCCUUACAGUCAUGAGUGGUAUACUCAUCAAUGAGGUAUCCUCAACACCCACUCCAUUCGUUCAUCAUAACAAACGAGACAUGGAUGUCAAUGGCAAAUGGGACGCAGCAUAUGCAAAGGCCAAGACCGCAUUAACCUCCUACAAUCUCACACAAAAAGUCUCUCUGGCUACUGGUGAGUUCGACCACUGGGAAACGAAUCAUCUAUCUCUAACCAAAAUUAGGUGCUGGUUGGCAAGCUGGGCCCUGCGUGGGCAACAUCCCCGCUGUGAGUAUGAUUCAUAUGUGAUAUUAAGCACCUCUAACUCGUCCCUAAAGAUUCCUGAACAAAACUUCCCCGGGUUAUGUCUCCAAGACAGUCCAUUGGGUAUAAGAUUGGCCACCGAAGUCAGCGCGUUCCCAGCUGCUAUUAAUGCAGCUGCGACAUUCAACCGAGACCUCAUCUAUCAGCGUGGUGAGGCAAUGGGCGCUGAGUUCAGAGGAAAAGGCAUCCAUUGGAAGGUGGACGAGCGUGGGAAGGCUGGGCAGCUGAUCCCUAUCUUGCCUCCGUUGGCAGCGUAG